AUGGCGGCCUCCCCCUCCGCCCUCACGCUCUCCCCCACCACGCGGGUGGUAGCUUCUUCGUCUGUGCUGCUGGCGCUGAGGCGGACGCCGGCGCCGCGCGUGGCCGCCUUCUCCUCCGGCCAGCUCUGCGCGUGCUCUUGGGGUGCGCUGCGCCCUCUACGGCCGGAGCUCGCCGCGGACCCUCCUCGCCCUGGCGCCGCCCGCUACAGGGCGCCUCUGCUCCAGCUUGGCGCAUUUAUUUGGAUCAGAGCCAGCCCUAUAAGGCCCAACUGCUCCCUCCCGAACUCCCCGACCCGCUGCAAAAAAAAUAAAAAAAUCCCACCCACGACCGCUCGUCCACCCCCGAUCCCCAACCUCCCCCCGAUCCCAUCGCGACUGCUGCCUACCCUGCCUACUACCGGCGCACCACCACUGACCACUCCCGCCUCCUUCCGUCACGCCGUCGUCCCCGCCUCCUACCGGCGCACCGCCAGACCCGCCCUCUUCCCUCGUGCACCGCCAAACCCCCGCUCCUCCGCGUGCCACCGCCUCCUCGCGCGCCGCUGGCCGCCGCUGUGGUCGAGCUUCUCCACCGCCACCCCGGCCACCUCCGCCAUCGCCUUCCCCAACAACCUCCAUCGUCGCCCUCCGCCCCGUCCACCUACAUGCCACCCGCCCCCAACCUCUCCUCCGGCGUGGCCCGUCUUCUUCUCCCACCCGCUCUCCUACAGUGUGGCCACACUCUGCUCCAACGCGCUCUUCGCCAUGGGGGUGCCGCUGGCCUUUGCGCUGCACGGCAGUUCAAUUCGACCGUGUGCGCAAGUCCAACAAAGGCAGCCACAGCCCCGCGCCUCCGCGUCGUUGAUGAAAGCAAACUGAACCUUAGGGGCCGCCACCUCAGGCCGUUCAAGUACGCGGCCACCGGAGGUUCGCUGUCGCAGUGCCCCCUGAAUCCCACUGCUCCCGUGCCAACUAAGAAGGAUCUGGGCCUCGUACAUUUGAUUUUGUAUGUUUUGUCAUUUUCACCUAUUUUAUUUCAGCAAAUAUGGUUGUUGAUGCUUGCCUUGUUAUGCUACUACAAAUUUGCAGGACAAAUCAAACUUCACCAUACUCUAGAACAAAAAGAUGAGCAACACAGCGGAGCUACACAAAAACGACGCCGACGUUGCCCACAGACUGUCGUGGUGUCCAUGUCGAGGUCAAGUGCCAUCCCAUUGCUGGACAACCCUCCUGGAGUCCGACACUGCUUAGUGUUGCCGGCGUUUAUGUCAAUCGUGAAACAGAGCAGAGUUUUUGUCGUACGCUUUACUGUCCUUAGAGUACGAUAUAUCAUUCUUCGCCCCCUUGGAAGGUUCAGCAUUCUAAAUGAUCAGAACAAAAACAAUAUAAAAUUAGUGUGAUGCUACUUAUGUAUGUUGGUACCAAGCUUGACGAUGUAUUGGUGUGCUACACUUGAUGAUGGGUUGUGGAUGUAGCACACGAAGUGUAUGUAUUGUUGUGUGUAAUUUUCUUGAAUUUCAAUAGCAUGUGAAGUUCAUGUUUCAGAAAUUCCUAAGUUCACAUGUACCACAUACCCAAGAAAUUGCUCAAUGAGAAAAAGGACCACCUAGGCCAUUUCAUCAA